AUGUUCUUCCUAGCUGCUGCCGCCAAAGUCACCGCAGCAGAGAUAAAGGCAAACACACCCACCAGCAUUCUCGACAGUUUCGGCCAUAAAUCCAACACCGGAACUUACGGUGGCUAUUAUCCCCCUGUAGCUCUCGUCACCAUGCAGAUCCUUCUCAACGUGAUUAUGGCCUUCACGUCGGGCAACAGGGUAAUCGGUAGCGUCUGGUUCGGUCCAACCUCCAACCUGUUCCACAAAGAAGAAGACGAAAAGACCAAAUCCAAAGUGUACAAGAAUGCGAAUAUGAAUGAGAGUGGACACGGGCUCAAAGCUCCUGCAUCCAUCGCAGCAUCGUCCACUGUCACUGUAACGGGUUAUAAUAACAACCCGGCGUAUCAGGGCUACCCUCCUAGUCCUAGUACGCCCCAGGGAACGUAUUCACGGAGGAAUCAUGCGCAGGUGGACGAAUAUGUGGAUAUGGCCAACACCACGCAGUACGAAAAGGCGCAGUAUAGUCAUCAGCAGGCCACACCUGCGUACCCCACUAGUCCGAUUUCGCCAUACAACUGA